UGGCCACCUUGAAUGUCUCGAUCCCAUAGCAAUUGAGGAUGCAAGUAGCUACUGAAAAAACAACUUUUCCCCGACCAUCUCAUCCGCUGAAAUUCAAUUCGAAUGGUGCGGAUGACCCCCUUACAUCUUAUUAGCCACUAAAUAGCCAUUGCGUUUUCGCGCAAACCCCUUCAUUUCGCCAAUUUGAAGUAGUUUCGCGAAGUAGCUCGCGCUGUCGCUGUCUGUCCGAAGCGAGGUUCAGACAGGCAGCACAUCCAAAUGGCCGAACCGAGAAAAGUACAAUUUGUCACCCUCUCGGCCUUCGCUGCGGGAUCAGCCACCGAGACUAGGAAACGACGGUUGGAGGAUGACGAGGCCGACAUCGACUUAGAUGCGGAUGGUGAGGUCGACAAGACAGCGUCCCGGGCAGAUGGUGGCGGUGGGUUUUUCGGCAAAACUAGCGACAAGUACAACGCUGAAGGAAAACGGAUUACCGUGCGAUUGAACCUAUCUCUGUCCGAGCCCAGCGAUCAAUCGUCUAACGAGUUUAACUACAGCGAACUCGUCCAAAACAUCCAGGUAAAAAAGAACCCUCCUCCAGCCCCAACUCAGACUCCAACUCUUUUUAUCGUGCCUCCUGCCCUUGACCCUAGCGACCCUUUCAACGAUGACGAGCGAGAACGACUGCAGGUGGAGGCCCUGGCCAAGAAGUUUGAGAACAAAUAUGGCAAUGAGAAUGCAGCAGGAAAGAAGAAGCGGAAGGACAGAAUGCAGGAUCUGAUUGACAUAGGCUUCGGUUACGAUGAGACCGACCCAUUUAUUGACAACUCAGAGGCUUAUGACGAGCUGGUCCCAGCCUCCCUGACCACCAAGCUGGGAGGGUUCUACAUCAACACGGGCACGCUGCAGUUCAGAGCUGCUUCCGAGUCAGAAGGAGAGGACGGGGGCAAGGAUGUCAAACCCAGACAGAAACUGAAGGAUGGCGAGGAGCAAGUGAUCAAGAGACGGCGGAAAGAAGGGAACAAUUUGGAGGAGAAGAAACCCCGGAAGAACAGAGUGCCCAAACCAGGAGUGUCGUCUCUGAUGAACAUCCACCGGCCAGAGAAGAAGAAGAGGAAGAAGCUGAUGAAGGACUCCCUGUGCUUGGCAGCCAUGUUGCGCCGCUUCACCCGGGAGAAGCAGGAGAUGAGGAAGAUGAACCCCAAUGCGCCCCACCCCGGCAUGGGUAGCUCCCUGGCCAACGCACCCCGAGCCAACCAACUGCUGGCUAACUCCCACCAGCACGCUAACACGGCUAACAACGACGUCUCAUUGGCCGAGCUCACCGCCGACCCCGCCAUGAUGUCACUGCUGGGCUCGGCAAAUGAGAAGGAGCUCCAGGAUCUUCUGGGUGACCUAGACUUCAGCCUUCUGGACUGCUCGGCUAAUCCGCAUGUGGCCACCCCCGGGAGAGAGAAUGGCUUGACGGGAAUUGGAGUUUCAGGGCCGAAGACGAUUGGUGGCGGGUUAGGGAGGGGACUGGGGGUUUCAGGGGGUCUCCUGCAUCCACCUCCGCUCCCUGACGGCCUGCCUCCCCCCCUCAUCAAGCGCAUCGAGGACCUACGUGCGGCCUCUCGUCAGUUUGAUCAAGAGGGAAGGAAGAAAUUCUUCACCCUCGAUAUGAAUAACAUCCUACUGGAUAUUGAGCUGCAGGUGCAGGAGCAGCCGAUGGGGCUACGUGGGGAGGUGUAUUCUCACCUGGAGGCCUUUGUGCCCUGCAAUAAGGAGGCUCUGCUCAAACGCCUGAAGAAACUUAGCAUCAACAUCCAGGAUGACCGUCUGCGUACGCCCCUGUUGAAGCUGAAGCUGGCUGUGUGCAGUGUGAUGCCCGAGCAGAUCCAACGAUACAACAUGGACUGCAUGGUCAAGGCUGCCAACAGGCAGCAGCCUGGAGAGGUAGAGAAGAACGGAUCAGAGGAGGAGGACGAGGGGAAGCCAGGGAAGAGGAUGAUAGGCCCACGGAAGAAGUUUGUCUGGGACGACAAGCUCAGGUCGCUGCUGUGUAACCUGGUGCGUGUGAAGUUGAGCUGCUAUGAACUGGAGUCAUCUCAGUGCUCUCUCUCCGUGGAGGAUUACCUCAAGGCCUUCAUGGAGAACGAGGUCAAACCACUUUGGCCCAAGGGCUGGAUGCAGGCCAGGAUGCUGUUCAAGGAGAGUCGUGCUGUACACAGUCACCUCACUGGCAACAUGGUCAAGAAAAGGAUGGUCCCCACCCCCAGGGCUAAAGCCAAGGAGGGCCAAUGGAUCCAGCAGAGGCCCAAUCUCCCCACCGCCACCACCCCUUCUCUCCCCCACGUCCCCUCCACCCCCUCCGUCAUCCAGGCCCGCCGGACCUCCUCGUCCCCCUCGGAGCCCAUCUGCCUGUCCGACUCGCUGGACGAGGACCUCCGUGCCCCCUCCCUGGAUUCAGUCUCCCACGCCCUCACCUUCCUUAGCCAAGCCGCCAAGGGCCUGGGUCCCCACGGCAGCGUCACUGACCUCACCCUCACCUCCCCCCUCUCCCCCCCGCCUCUCCAGAUCCCCAACUCCUCCCCCCCCUCCAUCACCCCUCACUACUCCCCCUCGUCUUCCCUUCUCACGUCACAUUCUCUUUCCAAGGUAAACGCCAACUCGUCAACGAUGGUGACGAUGUCAUCGAUGGCCAACAUUAUGACCACUCUAUCUACCUCUCCCUCCACUUCCACGGCGUCGUCGGCUCGCAUGCAGCUCGCAGGGGCCACGUUGGUGUCUCGUGGCGCCGACGGAGUGUACGGGGUGAUGAAAGGGGCGGGCUCUAUGGGACAGACUCAGAGACACAAUGUCAGCAUGGCAACCGCCACUCACAGGCAAGGGGGCAUGACCGGAGGGAGUAAACUCCACCCACCGUCGUCCCCCUCCCUGCCCACCAAGCAGCGGCCCCCUCCCACGUCCUCUCCGCUCCUGCCCCCACAUCAGAAGGUCGCCCUGGGCAUGGGCGUGGCAAUACCAGGACUGGGGAAGAGCUGUGUCAAAACCAACAGCAGCAGUAACGGCGGUGCCAUGAUGAGUAACAUGCCCUCCUCCUCCCCUCAGUCCCGUGCCACCAACUCCCACUCACACCCCCAGCAGCUCAUCUCCAAGAGCCCCCAGCAGCUCAACUCCAAGAGCCCCCAGCAGCUCAACUCCAAGAGCCCCCAGCAACCCUCCUACCUCACCUCCACGGUGGGCUCCUCACCCUCCCAGUCCCCCUCCCAUCACCAGGGUAAAUCCAAGCCCCACCACCAGUCCAACUUCAUCACCCCCAUGCAGGCCACCCUCACCAAGUCCUCCCACAGUAACAACUCCUCCCCCAUCAUCAAGCUCACCCCUCGCCCCCCCGCCCCCCACCCCUCGCCCCCCGCCCCCACCCCUCCUCCCACCUCCUCCCCCUCCCCUUCCUCCUCCUCUUCCAACCUCCUCUCUCACUCUCAAAUGAUCUCCAGCCCUCUCCAGUACCAGUCCCCCAAGACUGCCGGCUUCCGCCCCACAUAUAGUGUCCAAGGUGGGGGUCAGGUGAAGUCGGGCCAGGGCAGUUAUAGCUUUGCGGGGAGCCAGAAGGCUCCGUCUGUCAUUAGCAGUAGUAGCGUUAGCAGCGUAAGCUCCAACAGCAGCCCCAUGCGCAUGUCGCCCGUCACCAGUCGCCCAGACAACAGCCCCUCCCCCUCCGGCAUGGUCUCGACCAGUCACGGACAGAGACAGAGGGCCGUGGGCGGAGCCAAGGCUGUAGGCAGUCGGGCGCCAACGGCAACCAUGGCCACACCCUCCAUCACCUCACACCUGACGCAGGUGUCAGCUGGAAGUCCCCUCCUGGGCGGGCCACUUGGCUUUGGGAUGCUGGGGGGGCUGGUGCCCGUCUCGCUGCCCUUCCAGUUCCCCUCGCUGCUCAACUUCACUCCUCCUGGAGCCCCGGGGGGCAGCGGCCUGGGCACGGGCGCCAACUCAGGAUAUAGCCUCUCACAGAGUGACUUAAUGGAUCUGUAUAAGAGUCUCCAGUCAGGGUCACAGGCUGCUCUACCUCCUCACUUGCAGCUUGCUUUCUCAGAUGCGAACCAAAGCCAGGGUGGCGACAUGAAGAGGAAGUCCCACUGACCAAUAGAGACGGAGGAUGGAGUGACAUCACAGCCUCUCCUCGAGACAUCCACUAGGAUCACUUUGAUUGGACAGACAGACACAAUUAUGUAAUACAGGGGGGAGCAGCCUCUCUCCCCUCAAUAUGGACCUGAAUAAUCAAUUCCCCCUCACAAUGAUGAUUUAUGAAUUUAAUUUAACUGUAUUUUUAUGAUUACUAGGUAUAAAAUGGACCUGGGGUGGGGGUGAAUGAUAAUGAAACCGUUUCCCUUUUUAAUUUUUCUUGUCAACAUGUUUACAUGACCGACCUUUAUCACUGUGGAAUGAGGACAGGGUCGUAUUCAUUAGGCACCAAAUGUUGAAAAAAAAACAGAAACGAGGAAGGACUGCCUGAACACUCGUUUUCGUUUCAAAAUCGUUUUGCUAUGUUGUGCACUAACGGAGCGCACACACCGCACCGAAUAUCGAUCUGCCGUUCGUUCGGCGCGGUGUGUUUUACGGACCACCCCGCCGGUGGGCGUCUGAUUGCCAACAUUUUCGCUCAAUUUUACAUGUAGAAUCAGUUUGCAAAUUAUGGCUGCCACUCUGUGUUCAGAGGUGCUAAGUGCUCUCUUCCGGCAAACGCUACCGGUGUGUCCGUUCCUUAAUGAAAACGACCCAGGAGGGGGAGUACGCUGUUUGCUAAGUAAUUUAAUUUGAAUUAAGUCAGUGUUUUAUUUUUUCUCGUCUAAAGCAGAUUUGAGCAUUUUUUUUUUUUCGUUGUCUUGACUGUCUGAGAAAGGUAACGUUGUUUGUUAACUUGUCUCCGAUGUGGGAUAGUGUGUCCAUAGAGUUGUACUGUUUUAAAGUCGCCUCUGCUCCCCACAACUGACUGUUAAGGUAGUAUAGCUAAUAUUGAUAAAUUAUUUGUAAUUUACACAGGGAUAAAAAAAAAAUGUUUGUGCCGGUGAGAUUGAAUGUGUGUGUGUGUGUGUGUACAUAACCUACAUAUAUUAUUAUAUAUUGUAUUUUCUUUCCAGGUCAGUCUGUGCUAUGUGUGAGUGUGUGCGAAUUGCAUAUCCCCCUUUUCUCUGUUGUGUGUGUGUGUGUGUCUGCGCGCGUGUGUGUUUGAGAGUGAGUAUUCCCCUCUCUUGCUCAGCGUGUCUUUGGUGCUGUAUAAUCACACUGGACCUUUUCUGGAGAAAAAACUUGAACUGUAAAAGCUAGACUCCUCUUUUGGAAAGAGGAGUGGAGCGUGAGAGAGGGGACAAAGAUUGGAGAUUGUAGCCUACUUGAACUUUUUUUUUAAAAUAAAUAAAUUGUAAUUAAUUUACUUUGUAAAAACCGCUUAUCAACUCAAACACAGUCAAAACUCAAUAUAACAAAACGCCUUAGUUUGUAAGUUUCAUUAAAGAACUAUGCAGGACUAUAAAUGCUUCAAUGCAAAAGUGCAAGUCGUCGCUUGGCUUUCAACCUCUUACUCAACUGUCAAUGUAUUUCUGGGAGUUGUUUAUGUUUGUGUGUACCUAUGUCUGACUCCUUUUCCCAUCCCCCCAGACCUCUCCCUUCUCACCUACUGAAUACCUCUCUUGAAACAGUUCUUACAUACUCUCUUCCUAUAUCUGGGAAGAUCUCAAUAGCAUACUCCUCAUGUCCUCUCCUAGUCUUCUUCUCAAAACCCAUUGGAGGACAAGGUCAGAGGGGAGGGACCUCUGGCUUUCUUCCCGCUGUCUAUCUCUUAUCAUCCUUCAUCUCUCCUUCCAAUGUCAGUAUGAAUGUCGACCAGCUGCACCAAGAAUGGCGCCAAAGAUGAGUUUCCUAGCAUAUAGAUGGGGUGCCUUGGUCAGUGUGCAUGUGUUCGUACCAACCUUCUCUUUGAAAUGUACCCAUGACUGUUGUCGAUCUGUGGUCUGUCAGGAUGUCAUGGUGAAAAGUUGUUUAUUUCUGUGACUGGAGCAGGAGGUGACAUUUUGAAGCUUUAGUGCUUUUGGAGCGGGUAAAGAUUUACAUUUCAUUGUAGUGGUUACUUAAUUCGGUCUCUUUUGUAGAUUAUUUUUGUGUGUCAAUUAUGGAAUAAAAUACAGUUGGUUUUCAGUAGGGCCGGAGUCAUUUCUUUGUGGUCCCUUUCUUCCGUUCUCCAUUGUGACAGCUGUCUUUCAAAAGAACACUACUCUAGUUCUGAAGGUAGGGAAAAACUACACCCUCGAGACACAAUGAGACACCUAAAGGAAGUAAGGGCUCUAUUCAAUUCGUUUGCGGGUUUCAGCGUUUUUUUGUAACAAUUUAAGACAAUGUUCCCGCGUUAAAGGUAAUUUCCGAUUGUCAGCUCAAUCGGAAUUUACUUUAACAUUUGCGCGCAAACUGUAACGCUUCAGCGAUACAGAUUGAAUAAAGCCUUAAGAUGCUGCACAUUUUUUUCUUCAUACAUUUGUCAUAAAUCCAUGUUUUGUUCAGUCCCUCAAUUAUGUCAACAUUCGUGUUCAUUCGUGCCCAGGCCCACCCACUCAGAUUGAGCAAAAAAUCUGCUCUUGUCAAAUGUUCCAAACAGGACAUUGUCUUUUUACCUAAAUAUGCAAACACCAUCAGAUAGAAUUCAUAGCAAGCAGUGCACUGGGUUUGUCAGAUUUCAUUAAAUAUAACAGAACAGAUUUGGAUUUAUAUUCACUCUCACCGGAUGGGUUGCCAAAAAGAACUAACUGAUAAGCAACAAAUAUGACUGCAUUGAGGCAUUUGCCACUGUGCUUCGAUGGCUGUAUGCACCAUGCUACUGCCUAUUUCAUUUGUUCAUUUAGCAAACAAGACAUCACAUAAUCCAGUGUCUUUAUCACAGUCAACACACCUAUAUUUGAGCUGUAAUUUGCUUUAAAAAUGCAAAAUUUUCUCAGAAUAGCAUGAGAUGAGCUAUAAAACUGCACAUUUCCCUCUCUGCCCAAUGGCAAAAUUGCUAGAAGUUAGCUGCCCAGAUUUAUGCAGGCCCACCCGACAACACAUGUCUGGUUAUGCCGAAGAUGUUGCAUACCCCCAACAUGGUGGAGAGUAUAAAAUUUGGGUUCCCAUGCAGCAGGUCCCUGGUUCGAAUCCAAGAGUCGUUUUUGAAUUGAAUUGAAAGUCUCUAGGGGCUCCUCCGCUCAGGACAAACUGCAAUCACAUUAUUUCUACAAUGAAUAUGUUUUAUUUUCUUUUACAAAAAAUCACUGUAGUCUAGAAAUACCGGAGGCAUACAAGAAAUAAAAUGGCGGGGGGUAUUUGCAGAUGAAUGAAAGCCUGGUCGUCAACAGCCAGUCUGAGAAUAAUAAUAAUA